UAUCCCUCCCCCCUCCCGUCUACCUCACACCACUUCCCUACCCCUCCCAUAUGAUGCUCUAAGCUGGUCCUUAGACUCCCUUCCUUCCUUCCUCCCUCCACCCACCCCAACAACAGGUACUCCUACCAUGGUCACCGCUCCUUCGCUAGCCGCGACCCGCAAGGACACCCUCUUGUCCCGUCGGUAUAUCGAAGGCCUCAUUGCCGACGGCAAGCAUGUCAUCAUCUUCGACAAUCGCGUCCUAAAAGUCGACGCUUGGAUUCCUUACCAUCCCGGCGGUGACAAGUCUAUCAGGCAUAUGGUUGGCAAGGAUGCCACGGAUGAAAUCAAUGCGCUACACUCGAAAGAAGCGCGCCAACGAAUGCUGUCCUUCCAGAUCGGUCGCAUCGACGGUCCAUGGCUGAACUUUCUCCCCCCGAUCCAGGGCGGCAAGUUCCGGCCCUAUACCGAGGAUUGCUUGUCCGAUGAGGAGAGCUCUGGGCAAGAAAGCUCCGGGCAGGAAACAUCCCAACCGCCGUCCCCGAUCUUCGAUGCCGUUGAUACUACGUCAGGUGCUCGUCAACGAAAGCCCGGGUCCUCCACAACUUCAGCCUCGACCACAGAGAGCGACGAAUUCAAGCCCAAGCCUUUCUUUCUCGAUGCCCGGACCCAGGAGGAACUAGUCUUCGACACGGCUAAAUACCCAUCCCUAGAUCCAGAAAACCAGGAGAAGAUCAAACAGAGAUACCGCGAGCUGGACCAGCAGAUUCGUGCAGAAGGGCUCUACGACUGCCGCUAUUUUUCCUACUUUAUCGAAUGUUGCCGGUAUACGCUCUUCGCCGCUCUGGCCUAUCACUUUCUUCAAAUCGGAUGGUACGCGACUUCGGGAUUCUUCCUAGGAUGCUUCUGGCAUCAGCUUGUGUUUAGCGCCCAUGAUGCUGGUCAUAUGGGCAUUACGCACAACUUCCAUGUCGACACGGUGAUCGGCAUCAUCAUAGCCGACUAUCUGGGAGGGCUCAGCCUGGGAUGGUGGAAACGCAGCCACAAUGUCCACCAUAUCGUGACGAACGCACCCGAACACGACCCUGAUAUUGAACACAUGCCCUUCUUCGCCGUCUCCCAUCGCUUCCUCACCAGUCUUCGCAGCACCUACUACGACCGUGUCAUGACAUUCGAUGCCGCUGCGAACUUCUUGCUGAAAUUCCAAAACUACCUUUACUACCCUAUCCUAAUGUUCGGUCGCUUCAACCUAUACCGUCUGAGCUGGGAAUACCUCUUCUGCGGCCAAGCACCCAAGAAGGGCCCCGCCUGGUGGCACCGGUGGUUCGAGAUUGGCGGUCAGAUCUUCUUCUGGAUCUGGUUUGGCUACGGAGUGAUGUACCGGACCAUUCCAGACUGGGGCAGUCGGCUCACCUUCCUUUUCAUCUCCCACAUGGUCACCUCCCCUCUGCACGUGCAGAUCACGCUCUCCCAUUUUGCCAUGUCCACUUCCGACAUGGGAGUCAACGAGUCCUUCCCGCAAAAAAUGCUCCGCACCACCAUGGACGUCGACUGCCCGACAUGGCUCGACUUCUUCCACGGCGGUCUGCAAUUCCAAGCCAUCCACCACCUUUACCCGCGCAUCCCGCGCCACAACCUGCGCCGUACCCAGCGACUGGUGCUCGACUUCUGCCGUGACACGGGAAUUCCCUACACCAUCUUCACCUUCUACGACGGCAACAAGGAGGUCAUUGGCAAACUCGGGGACGUCGCGAAGCAGGUCCGCAUCCUUGAGGAAUGCCGCAAGUCGUGCGCCGAGCACGGUGUAUUCUCGGACCACCACUAGACGGUUAUAGAUGAGCCUACGGGUCUGUGACCGAGUAAGAUAAAUUCCCUUUCAUGUUUGCCAGCCACAUAUCCCUAGAUCAUUGAUGUAUAUGGUCAUGCCCCACAGCCUGUAGUCUAUCCGGGGGCUUGCAGGCGAGAGUUUUGAUGUGCCUAUGAUGCCCCCCUUCCCUGCACCCUGCAGUCCUUAAUGAGAUAAUGCCCUGUUUUGUGUAUCAUUUUGUUUGUUUUGAUAGAAAUAUAGUAUCACACGGGUAUAGAAACCCAUCUACAUUUCUUACCGUUUCAUGCCCGAGAAUCACCAACCUUCUCAUGACUAAUGGUAAAACCCGUACUAAUACAUGCAGGUAU